AGUUGCAGGGGACUCAGUGCACACCGAAGGACUGUUUUAUUCCGCUAGGAAAGACAUAGCGGAAGCUGUCGUGAUCACCAGUUGGAGGUUCUUGGACAACAAUAUUGUGAUGUUUAUGCGGAUGCUGCGCUUAUGGCGCGCCAUUUGUUUCAUAAAGGCGAUAAACUCAGUUUAUCGCCGAAAAACCUAGUUUAUCAAUCGAAAAACCUAGUUUUUCAAUUGAAAAACUAAGUUUUUCGCCGAUAAACUUAGUUUUUCGCCGAUAAACUAAGUUUAUCACUUGAAAAACUAAGUUUAUCAAGAAAAACUAAGUUUAUCGCCGAAAAACUUAGUUUUUCACCGAUAAACUUAGUUUUUCAAUGAAAAACCUAGUUUAUCAAUUGAAAAACUAAGUUUAUCGCCGAAAAACUUAGUUUUUCACCGAUAAACUUAGUUUUUCAAUGAAAAACUAAGUUUAUCAAUGAAAAACUAAGUUUUUCAAGUGAAAAGCAGAGUUUCUUGAAAAACUAAGUUUUUCGACUGAUAAACUGAGUUUUUCUAGAUAAACUUAGUUUUUCAAUUGAAAAACUUAGUUUUUCGGCGAAAAACUAGGUUUUUCAAGUGAUAAACUUAGUUUAUCGGCGAAAAACUAGGUUUUUCAAGUGAUAAACUUAGUUUUUCAAUUCUGAUAAACUAAGUUUUUCGAAUCUGAUAAACUGAGUUUUUCUAAGAACGCCAUUUGUCCCAUAAAUGCGAUAAACUAGGUUUUUCAAGUGAUAAACUGAGUUUAUCGUAGAACGCCAUUUGUCCCAUAAAGGUGAUAAACUAGGUUUUUCGCCGAUAAACUAGGUUUUUCAAUUUCGAUAAACUAAGUUUUUCAAUUCGAAAAACCUAGUUUAUCGAAAUUGAAAAACCUAGUUUAUCGAAAUUGAAAAACCUAGUUUAUCGGCGAAAAACCUAGUUUAUCGCCUUUAUGAAACAAAUGGCGUUCUUCGAUAAACUCAGUUUAUCACUUGAAAAACCUAGUUUAUCGCCUUUGUGGGACAACUGGCGUUCUUAGAAAAACUCAGUUUAUCAGAUUCGAAAAACUUAGUUUAUCAGAAUUGAAAAACUAAGUUUAUCACUUGAAAAACCUAGUUUUUCGCCGAUAAACUAGGUUUUUCGAUUUCGAUAAACUAGGUUUUUCGAUUUCGAUAAACUAAGUUUUUCAAUUCGAAAAACUUAGUUUAUCGAAAUCGAAAAACCUAGUUUAUCGAAUUCGUGUGCGCAUAAGCGGGCACAUUCGCGUAGUAUGGCUACAGCGCACUGCAAUGCUUUGGACGUCAAAUGCAUCAACGUCAACUGUAUUUUGCUGGACAACUGAGGCUAAAGCUAUGAUCUUACUCGAGCUUUAAAGAAGCAUCCUACCUACAUACUGCACAAACUAGAAAGCCAUGAAGUUAUUAGUAUAUUUCCUGAUUCUGAUGGCUCUUGCCUCGUUAGUUACUAGCCCGUUACCCAACAGAGUGGAAAGAGCAGCAAAUCCAUCCCUGUCAUCGUUUCUUAAUCGUGUAUCCAGUUUGUUGCGUGCGUUUGAGAGAUUUACAGAACAUCAUGAUCUCAGUAACCCAAGGCAGCUUUCAAGUUCCUCUAUGCGGAUACUUGAAGAUUUGUGGGAGACAUUGGAAGUGGCCAUGGGACAUUUUCAAAGAUUAGGACCAGAACUUCCAGCAGAAUUGUAUGGACCAGUUAGCAGAUCCCUUGAAGAUAUUCUUCGUUACCUGAGACGUGUACGUGAGAAUGUUCAAUCAGGCAACAGCACACACACACCUUCAAAUCCAGGAUGCUGUCAGCGCAUUCCAAUUGGCAACAGAGGGGCACCUCCAUACAAUAUACAGAGACAACAACUUGAGACACUCCUGAAUAUGCGCAUGACCAUUUCAGCAAUUGCUAGAAGUGGAAUUUUGGGAACCUCCAGCAGGAGCACUUUGUACAGAACUUGCGAACGACUAGGCAUACAAAUGCCUUGUGAGAGGUACGCUAACAUAAGUGAUGAUAGGCUGAAUGACAUUGUGCAAGAAAUCCAUCAGGAGCAAAGAAAUAGUGGAGCUGAAGAGGUACGAGCUACACUUUCAGCCUCUCGGGGCUUUGUUGUCCAACGGCACCGUGUAAGAAGAGCAUUAUCUUUAGUAGACCCUAUAGGAUCAGCAAGUCGAUGGGCUCAAACCACACAGAGAAGGACGUAUAAUGUUCCGUCUCCUAAUUCUUUGUGGCAUCUGGAUAAUAACCAUGCUCUUAGGAGAUGGGGAUUUUAUGUCCAUGGAGGAAUAGAUGGCUUUUCGCGGUGCAUUCCAUUUUUAUGUAUAACCCUUGGAAACACGGCAAAGCUUGCAUUAAUUUGUUUCCUGAGAGGCAUAAAAGAGCGAGGCCUACCAAGUCGGAUACGCAUGGACAAAGGAUCUGAGUAUAAUGAAUGUCAGCGGUUCAUUGAAUGGAAAAUGGGCUUGAAUCGAGGGAGUGCCAUUCGAGGAAAGUCUGUCCACAACCAACGGAUCGAACGAUUGUGGCGAGAUGUUUUUACUAAAGUUUUGGAGAGAUUUUACAAGCUCUUUUACCACAUGGAGGACACCCACUGUCUGGACAUUAAUAAUCCCAUUCAUAUUUUUUGUCUACAAUAUGUCUAUUUCCCAAGGAUCCAGAGAGCACUUAGCCAUUGGGCUCAUGUCCACAAUCACCAUGGUAUUAGAACUGAGAGGUUUCAAACUCCUGAGCAACUAUGGACAACCAACAUGAUUAAGCAAAGAUGCGCACUUCAGGAACAUGCCCAGGGAUCUCGAGGCACACCAGCACAACAAACUUCUGCAGCUGUUCGCAAUGUUUUGGAAUUUAAUAUAGAUAACUUUGCUGAUGACAUUUUGAAUAGGUUUCAUGUAGAUUUAGCAGACAUUCGUACAGAGGCAGUAUGUGACAGACUUCUAAGUUUUCCAUCUAUGAGUAAUGAUGAUCUGGAAAUGUUAAGAAGUCAAAUCAAUCCUCUAAGAUCUUCAGAUCAUGAUGGGUUAGACAUAUAUGGAGAAGUUGUUGAGUAUGUCUGUGCAUGCAUUGAACGGCAUCGCAACAGAACAGCUGAUCAGAUUCACGAAGAUUAGACAUAAUUUUUUCCUUGGAAAAUUUGGUAAAUUCAUCUUUAACCAGUGUUAAGUUUUGGAAGUGUUACAUUGUAGAAAGAGACCUAGUGAACACUUUUUCAUGUUAGUCUGUUUGUAGUCAAACAGGUCCAUAAAAAAAAAAUGUUAAAAUUUUAUUCUCCAAUUUACUUUGUUUUUAUAUUUCUACAUCAAUUAUAUUCAUACUUGUUAGAUCAUUGGAUGAUACCACAUGUGACCUUAUGAGAAUGAUGGGGUCAAGGUCAUCUCAUGUAUUAGUCAAAAGGUUAAAAUUAUAUGAGGUCAUGUCCGUUCUUUUUUUGCCCCCGCAGAUGAAGUCCGGAGGGGGCAUUAAGCAUGCUCCUGUCCUUCCGUCUGCCCCCACUGGUUUCCACACAAUAAACUCAAAUUUUUUAAAAUGAAUUUUAUAAAUUUGGGGUGUGUAGGUAGAUGACACCAAAAUACAGGGUAAGUUCGAAUUCGGAGUCUGCAGGUGAAAGCUCCUUAAAUAUGCCAGUUGGUUUCGCAUGAUAACUUAUGAAAUAUUCAACAGUUAAAAAAAAAAAUUGGGGUGUAGGUAGAUGACACCAAAAUACAGGCUAAGUUCACGCUAAGUUUGAAAUCGGAGCACACUGGUGAAGUGAGAGAUUAUCCACAUCAAAUACUGUCAGAGAUUAUUAUGGAAAGGGUGAUUCUUUAGGUCAAAGGUCUAAAUUUGUUCAUUAUGUAUAUGCAUAUUGGUUUCUGCAUGAUGAAGUUCAAUCAUAUUGAAUGAAUUUCUGAUCAUGUUAAGCAGGGGUAACUGUAUCCUUUGUACACUUCAAAUUUCUAUUUUAAUUUUUUGUUUUAUUUGCUCUUGUAUCUUUAUUUCUGCAUGAGUCUUGGUCACGCUUGCUCCAAAUGAUCCUGGGUAAUGUUUUCAUAUGUGUUGUAGAGGAUGAUCGGGUCAACAGUCAUCUAGCGAUUUAAAGGUCAAGUUUUUGUUAAACUUGUUCUCAGUUGUUUCUGCAUCACACAUGAUUUGUGAACCACCUUUAAUAAUUGUUAAAAAUGAUUUGAAUUCAUGAAGUAAUAACAUCUAGUUUUCAUGUGGAAUAGUGAAGUCUGUCACAGCCUAUAGUUAAUUUUAUAGUUGAAUAUUUUACUCAGCAGCAAAGUUGUCAAAUUUGAAUUCUGAAAUCAUUGAUGAUGGCUGCAGAUCUUUAUGCUGGUGUUUCCCUAGGUCCUUGGCCAUGUUCCUGAAAUGAGGAUCUGUGCUUUAGUGCUUUAUAAUCAUGUUGGUUAUCCAUCGUUUAUUUUGAACCUCUUGAUUCUAACACCAUGACUCUGGAUCCUCGGAAAAUAAACAUUUCGGAUUGAAAAAUAUUGUUAUUAAUGUCUUCACAGUGGGUGUUAUACAUGUAGUGAAAGAGCUUUGAAGGACAAGUCCACCCCAUCAAAAAGUUGAUUUGAAUAAAAAGGGAAAAUCCAACAAGCAUAACACUGAACGUUUCAUGAAAAUUUUCAUGUAAAUUAAGAAAUUUAUGAUAUUUAAAAGUUUUGCUGUAUUUCACAAAACAGUUUAUUCACAUCCUGUUCGGUAUGCAAAUGAGGAGAAUGAUGAAAUGUCUACUCACUAUUUUGUAUUUCAUUAUAUGAAAUAGGAAGUAUUCAAAUAUUCCUCAUUGUUAAGCGAAACAAUGAUUAAUUCUUCUCUGAACAUGUGGAACUUGCAUUGUUUAUUAUAUGGUUCAGUCCAUUUUGUCCUUUUUGUCAAAUCUGUAAAAAAUGAAAUAUUGUAUAAUUCAAACAAUAAAAAACAGCAGAGGGACAUCAUCGACCGUUUCAUUUGCAUAUCACUGUUUUGUGAAAAAUAAGCGAAAUUUUAAAAUCCCAUAACCUUAUACUACAUCCGAAUUUGAUGAAAAUUUCAGCAUUAUGCUAAUUAAUUAAAUCAACAUUUUACUGGGAUGGACCUGACCUUUAAGAACAUUAAUAAAAAAAUAUCCUGCCACAAUCGUUCAAUCCACAGAUUAUGGGUAGAGUGUUCAUACGACUCCAUAGAUUGCUCUAUGAAGCUUUGACAUUCAUUAUUAAACACAAUGCUUGUUUUUGUUAUAGCAAUUUUAUUGUGAUUUUUAGGGGUUUUUUGUGAGAGAGCUCUUGCAAGUCAUAGGUUUAAGAGGGUAUAGUCUGCAGUACUGUUGAACAAUAGUAAUACACAUACUGCUUUUGUAAAAGUUUAGAAGAUAAUUGGGGGUGAUUAAAAAUCAACAUGUAACAGUGCUGUCAGCACAAAAUAUUAAAUUGUGCCAUGUCUUUCAAAGCGUUGGGAUUGACCUGAUCAACUUCAACAAAAUUUGAAAACCGUCAAUACCAUAAAUUUUUUUACUGCAUAUUUGCUCAGUGUUAUUUCUAAAUAAAGUUGAAGCUCACUAGAUUUUCAAAAGGAAACAGUAUCAUGAAUUAUGAAUACACAGCAUACAUGUAUAUACAUGUAGAAAUAUAUAUUUUCAAUAUGUCUUUUAGAAGAUGCUCCUGGCUUUCCAUAGUUAUGGUUGAUCGGAUCAAUCCCAAUUCUUUUUGAGACGAGGCUCUGGAAUAUUUCAAAAAAAGUUUCCUAUAAUCUUAAAUUUUUUAUAUUAUUAAAACCUGUACAUGAAAACUGUUGUAAGGUACAAAGAACUUGACAUUGAAUUUUGUUGCAAUGUCCACCUUGAACUGUUUUACAUGUAUAUCAUGUUGUAUAAAAGAUUGAAGCUAUAAGUGUUGCUGUAUUGUAGCGUUUAGUUUCAACUUUUGCUUUCUGUUGUGGUGAAAAGAUGGUUACCUUUCCAAGACUAAAUGUUGUACAGAAACGUACAAAAUAAAUAUGUAGAAUGAUGAGUACAGUACCAAAAAUUUGGAAAUUUUGUCUGGAAAAUUAUUUAUUCAAAUUUAAGCAAAAUUUAUUCAUAAAUCACAAAAAAUGUUUUUUUUUCUUCAUUUGUUAAUCUUUUUAAAUUGUGUUUGCUUUAUAUGAUAGCUCGAGGUGUGGAUACAAAAUUUCAACAUAGAAUUUUGAAACUCAUUAAGGGAAACCAAAAUCCAAGAAGAGAAGUAAUCUUAUUGGAAAGAGUAAAAUGAGAGGAACAACUAAAAAAAAUGUUUCAUCAAAAUUGGUUAUGAAAUAAGCAAGUUAUGGGAGUUUGAAAACUCUUGUUGUACUUUCUAUGGGCAUCCUCAAAUUGGCAAACGUGCUUUAAAAUUGCUGAUUUUGUGUACAACUCUCCAUUUGUUUUGUACACAAAUUUUCAGAUUUUCCUCAUCUUUCAAAUUGCAUCUUGCCUCCUUCUGAGCACAACAUAUGUCAUGGGAAAAUAUAAUCCACACCAUAUAUGUCAAGGUCAGGAGGAGAUAAUGUGAAAUAUGUAAAGGGGAAAAUCUGAAAAUAUGUGUACAAAACAAAUUGAUGUGCUAGUUACCAUUUUGCCUGCCUGCUCUAUCAACACAGGCCAUGGAUUUUGCCGAGUUCCAUCUUUUUAAUCUUUGUUGUCCCUUAAAGUUUUGUUUUGGUUGAGGUGUAUUUAGGAAGGGGGGGGGGGCAUGCUUGGCCCCUCUUCAUAUUUUGGCUGCUGUUUGUGCAAUUUUUUUGACAAAUUUGGGGUGCACAAUAUCUUCAACAUAUGCAAAAUGUAGUUGACAAAUGCCUGCGUAUUGAUUUCAAUAUUGAACAAUAUUAGACUCUCCCUGACCUGUUAAAUCCCUGUUGGGCCAGUAACUUGUUGCAAGUAAAGAAGUAAGUUCUUUCCUCUAAAGACAUGAUUUUAAUGGUGAAUUAUGAAGUUUUCGAGUAGAGUAAUUUCACGUUUUUCACCAAUCUCAAUUACAGGCUGGUGAUUGUUACCGUAAGACAAUUUUUUCAAAGUACUAUUUUUGGUCGUUUUCAUUCUAAGACUACUAUUUUUUGUAGAAGGUUGGCAGGUCUGAUUAUGUAUUCCCCAUUAAGUCAGUUUGGGGAUCCAUUCUGCGCAUGAUCAGAAGGCCAUUUGUACUAGAAGUGACAUGGUGGUUUAAUAUUUAAUGAGAUAAGCACAAAAUUUCAUGUCUUGAUUAUUCAUAUAUUUUCGUUAAUUGUGUUUUUCAUCAGAUCUUCCACAAAAAACAAAGUGUCCACUAGGGACUGGUAUUACACAUUAUUUAUAACAAUAUGUUGAUGCAUUUAAAGUUGAAAUGCAACAGAAACCUUCAUAGAAUGUCCAUCAAAGAAAUGAAAGGUCAUUUGACCAAGAUUGCCCAUGAAGUAACUCCAAACUGGUUCAAUCCCAAUGAUGACUGCAGCUGAACUAUACAUUGUCCAGUGGAGGAUUAUGUGUAUUAUCUUAAAAAUAGAAAAAAAAAUAUUUAUAAAAAAAACUUGGUGAAAUAAUGCUCAAAUUAGGAUUAAUACCCCUGUCUGUCAAGACCAUCCGUCAGGUGUUGUAUAAUAGAUCAAAUCCUAACAAAAUUUCCUUGAGAGCAAUUAAUUUUCAUAUGAAUGAUCUGUUCAAGAGUGCAUUUUUCAAGUUGAGGUAUUCCAAGGAGUGAUAUAGAGGAGAUUUGGGAAUGGGAAGGGAACAAUCAUCUUGUCAUUGAAUUUUGUUGCAUUAUCACCUUAGUAAUGUUUAAAUAUGUAGAUGUAUUAAAGAGAUUAAAGCCCAUGAGAAAUGGUUCCUCUAAAUGA